AUGCCACUCCCAUGCUGGAGAAGAUGCCGCCAUUCCGCUUUGCACGAUCCUUCCUGUUCGACGUCCAAUUCGAACUCGCGGAAUUCCGUGAUCGCAUCAGCGGCUGCGAAUUCCGGCGGGGUCGCGAAUUCGGGCCAGAUUUCGGCAGCAACAGCGUCCGCGCCAGCGGGGCAGAUCCCGCCUCCCCCAGAUGCCACCUCCCUGUCGGCCCCCGCGUUCGUGGUGUGGGGCGCGAACACAGGCGUGGGGAAGACCCUCGUUUCCGCGGGCCUUGCUGUCGCGCUGCUUGCGCGAGCUGCGGGGGAAGGGGGCGCGGAAGGGGGCGGGGGAGGUAGACGGGGCGCAGCGGAUGGGGGAAGGGGCGUGCAGGGAGAAACUGCAGGAGAUUGCGGGGGAUUCCAUUUGGAGUAUGUGAAACCACUGCAGACAGGGUACCCUGAAGAUUCGGAUGCUCGCCUGGUGAUGCUCGCUGCUGCCCACUGCGUUGGGAGCAGCAGUGGCAGUAGCGACAGGACAACUGCCACCACCACCAGCAACAACACUACCACCAGCAACACCACCAGCAGCAACACCACCAGCAGCAGCAGCAGCAGCAGCAGCAGCAGUGGUGAUAGUUCUGGCAGCACAGUUUCGUCGUCCCUGCACUUCACACUGCAUUCCCCGAACUACUCCGACGCCCCCACCACACACACCAUCUCCUCUCACUCUCCCUCGCCCUCCACAGUAGCACAAUCCCCUUCCCAUAAUCACCCCUCGUUACAGCCACCCAGCCCCACGGUCUCGCUCACCUGCUCCACCCUAUGGGCUUGGAAGGACCCUGUUUCUCCCCACCUGGCUGCCCGGGAAAGCCGGGCAGCUGUGCUAGAACUUCCAGAGAGAGGAGAGGGAGAGGGAGCGGAAGCAGGGGAGGAGGGGGGGGAAGGGACGGGGGAGGAGGCGGCAGAUGCUGCUGUGGUGGACGCUCUUAGAUCGUAUGUUAGCUGCAGUAGGAGCAGCAGCAACGACAGCAACAGUAAGGAUAGUAGCGGCAGCAGCAGCAGCAGCAGUGGCAGUGACACUAGCAGCAGUGGUAGAUGGGUUCUGAUUGAGACAGCAGGGGGCGUGGCGAGCCCGGGACCCUCGGGAACCCUGCAGGCUGAUCUGUACAGACCCCUGCGCCUGCCUUGUAUUCUAGUGGGAGAUGGGCGGCUGGGCGGCAUCUCGGUCACUGUAGCAGCGGUUGACAGCCUGGCAGGGCGGGGCUAUGACGUGGCAGCUGUGGUGGUAUGUGGGGACGAGGAGGGACGGCUGGAUAACGCAGAUUAUCUAAAGACGUAUUUAAGACCGAGAGGGAUUCCAGUCAUUUCCUUGCCUGCUCUGCCAUCCCCACCACCCAUAUCUGAAUCAAGCUCACCCUCUCUCACCUCCUCUCCCUCCUCUAGUCCCACUACUUCGUUCCAACCCUCCUCUUACUCCACACUCAACCCGAACCUCAUCGAUUGGCUCGGCAAAUCGGAAGGAAGCUUCCAGGAACUUGUGCUGGUGUUGGAACAGUACCACGGGGAGAGGUUGCAGGCACUUGAACGGGCAGCUGAAAGGGCACAUGAAAUUCUCUGGUGGCCGUUCACCCAGCAUGGCAUGGUGGGAGUGAAAGACGUGUCAGUCAUCGACUCCCGGGCAGGCGAAAACUUCUCCAUCUUCCGACCGAACCAGACCGAGCUCCGGGGAGAGCCACAGUCGGACAACCCUACCGAGGGUCGGGCCGAGCCUCGGGCGGAGGUUCGGGAAGAGGCUCGGUUGGAAGAGUGGUUUGACGGGUGUGCGAGCUGGUGGACCCAGGGGCCCAGCCCUGCCCUGCAGGGGGAGCUAUCGAGGGAGAUAGGGGCGGCCAUGGCUCGAUACGGGCAUGUCAUGUUCCCUGAGAACAGCCACGCACUGGCUCUGGAGGCUGCUGAACUGCUGCUGAAGGGCGUUGGGAGAGGAUGGGCCUCGCGGGUGUUCUUCUCAGACAACGGCUCCACAGCCAUCGAGGUGGCGCUCAAAAUGGCCUUCCGCUCCUUCUGCGCUCGGAACGGUGUAGGAUCCGAUGGACUUCCAGAUCUUAAGGUGAUUGCUCUGACUGGAUCGUACCACGGUGACACGCUGGCAGCCAUGCACGCCCAGUCACCCUCCCCGUACACCUCCUUUCAGCAGCAGCCAUGGUACGGAGGCAAGGGCGUGUUCCUUGAUCCCCCAACAGUGGAGUACUCCCAAGGUCAAUGGCUCGUUGUCCUACCCCCCGCCCUCUCCUCCUCCUCCUCCUCCUCCUCCUCCUCCUCCUCCUCCUCCUCUACCGCCCCUCCCACCCCCCACCUCUCCUUUCAAUCACGCACAGCAGUCUUCCACAAGGAAAGGGACUCCUCCCCUCUCGCCCCUCUCUACCAUGACUACAUACACCACCACCUCCAGCCCUUCCUCCUCCCCUCAGACUCCUCCUCAGGUGGCCCUUCAGGUGGUUUUUCAGGUGCCAUGGCCGCCGCGCUCAUCAUCGAACCAGUGCUGCACGGGGCGGGUGGCAUGGUCAUGAUCGAUCCUCUCUUCCAGCGCACGCUCGUCUCCUUCUGCCGCGCCCACGCCAUCCCUGUCAUCUUUGACGAAGUCUUUGCCGGCUGCUGGCGCCUCGGCCACCAGUCAGCAGCGGAGCUACUGGGCUGUUCCCCGGACAUAGCCUGCUAUGCCAAGCUGCUGACAGCUGGCAUGAUCCCAUUGGCCGUCACACUCGCCUCGUCCUCUGUCUUUGACGCAUUCUAUGGCUCCUCCAAGCUCGAUGCUCUCUUGCACGGCCACUCCUACACCGCCCAUCCUGCUGGCUGUGCAGCUGCCUGUGUUUCUCUCAAUGCGCUGUCAGACCCAGCUCGAAACCCCAACCUGCUUCCUGACGGCUCUCAGCUAAAAGAGUUGUGGGACCCCUCGUUAGUGGAGCAGGUCUCCUGUCAUCCCUCGAUACAGCGCGUGCUGGCGAUAGGAACGGUCUUUGUGGCUGAGCUCAGGACCGAUGGUGCAGGCUAUGGCUCGUCAGCAGCCAAGGGGCUCUUAUCACGGCUGAGGCAGCACGGCAUAUAUGCACGGCCGCUGGGCAACGUGGUACGGCUCGUCAGCAGCCAAGGGUCUCCUGUCACGGCUGCGGCAGCAUGGCAUAUACGCACGGCCGCUUGGCACAUAAGUACCCGCUCUGCUCUCCAACUUACUCGUUCCCUCUGUUCUCCCUUCGCUCCCCCCCACAGCUACGGCUCAUCAGCCGCCAAGGGGCUCCUAACAAGGCUGCGGCAGCACGGCAUAUACGCACGGCCGCUGGGGAACGUGGUGUAUUUCAUGUGUGGGCCCUUCACGCCCCCCUCCACAUGCUCUCGCUUACUGCGCAUCCUGCUAGCACUGCUUGAUUAG